CUUGAAUUUCCUCUUUUGUCCCGGUAGCUCCCGGUGCUCGGUGGGUGCUGCCCGUGCUGUACGUGCCUAACUGUGGUGUUUAGCCCUGGGGGACGGGAGAGCCCCGCACUAACUCCCCCCCGCCAGCCCUGUGGACACACAGCGGAGUCAGGGGUGGCACUGGAUGACCAUAACUAAACAAUGUCUGUCCCACGUGGAGCUGUCCAUGCAAAAUGGAUAGUAGGGAAAGUAAUAGGAACCAAAAUGCAGAAAACUGCCAAAGUGAGAGUGACAAGGCUUGUGCUGGAUCCCUACUUACUGAAGUUCUUUAACAAAAGAAAAACCUAUUUUGCCCACGAUCCACUGCAGCAGUGUGUUGUUGGAGACAUUGUUCUGCUGAAAGCUCUGCCCGAGCGAAGGAGCAAACACGUGAAACACGAACUGGCUGAAAUUGUGUUCAAGGUUGGAAAUGUCAUAGAUCCAAUCACGGGCAAGCCCUGUGCAGGAACCAGAUUCCUGGAAAAUCUGUCAGAUUCGGAAAACCUGACAGAGGCAGAUACUACCUAUCUAAGUGAAAAACUUCAGGAACUGAAAGUUUGUUCAACAGACAAAUAGGGGGCGAAAUAUUUAAGCAGAGGGCUUCCAGCUUGUCUCCCUCUGUCAGGGGUGUUUGAGGCCCUGUUGUGGUAUGUUAAAUGUUUCAGUGAAAUCUGUAGUCAAAAUAAAUAGUAAAUGUAGUUGCUUAUGCAAAGAGAUGGCACAGAUUGAUGAGCACUCCAGAGCUUUGAGUGAAAAUAUAGAGGAAAUGCAAGUUUAGUGUUAACACUUUAUUUUAUUGCCUAUAGUUUUGCCACAAGCAGUGACAGUUCCCAAAGCCAGCUGCCCUCCUGGAAUGACUCUUGUGUUUUGAGAAAAGAAAGUACAACUGUAUAAUGUUUCAUUUUGGUGGGAGGGCCAUUCUAUUAUUUGAUUGUUCUGUGUUUCAGACAGUCUUUUGUGGUUUGUAGGAUUACUGGAGAUAAUGCUAUUAAAGCUUUUGAAAGGAAGUGUAGAAUUUUAAAACCA